AUGAGACAGUCCAUGGAUAUGGAGGCUAAGAACAUACCUGGAAAGAUGAGUAUCCCGAAAAAGUUCAUCUUCUCAGGGUCAAAGGCUGUUGAACAUCCAGAUUACCCACACUACUGUGAACUCCUACGGAAAAUGAAUAUGCCCUUUGUGAAAGGAUGUGAAGACAGACAUAACUGUGGAAGAUUUGAAAAGAAAUGCAACCCUACAUUUGCAAAAUUUCAUCCUUAUCCCCCUUCAGACCUGCCAAACUUUCAUAAUCACUACCCGUAUCCCCCACCAUAUGGUCAGGAGUAUCCGCUGUUUCCACUUCGUGAUGAUGUGAACUUGGGUGACCCCUGCUCAGGAUUUAUGAGUCCUGGUGGAGAUGCUGAUUUAAAGCCUGGCAUUGGCAGAGCUAUACCAAACCUGGCGAGUUUCGGUGAUGUGAAACCUCAAAAUCGAGUUCCUAUGCCAGACAAAGGAUUUCAAACAACAGUAAAAAGGCAGACUAUACUAUCACAACAGCUACAACAGGACAGGAAAUGGAAUUCCAGGGAAGUAUCAGACAUUUCCAUCAGGGCAAAACUUGGAGGUUGGACAAGCCCACUGAAAGUUACUGCUUUACCAGCUCAGGAACAUAAAAAAGACUCAUUAAGCCGCUUACAUAAAUUUGAUGAGGAGGCGACAAGUACAGAUGAUAGUGGAUCACUUGUCCAGCAAGGCAAGAAAUAUAAUAUAAAGGAUGCAUUUUACAAAUCUUCAACACAGAAAGCUUAUGAACAUGUUCCUUGGGACAAGAUGCUAUCACCAAAACCUGAUCCAGAAAAAACAACAGCAGAAAAAGCUGCUGACCAAAUCUCACAGUGUUUUACACUGAGAAGAUAUGAAAGUGUGCCAGCCAUAACCCAGAUGAUCGGAGGACUCUGGGACAGAUUUCAGACAAGAUGGUUCUCAGUGGCAAACAAACCAAUCAGUUUUGUGAGUCCAAGUUCUAGGAGUAAAUACAUUCCUCUCUAUACUGGCCAUGUGCAGAAUACAAACGCUGAUGAUGUGGACAACCCCUUUGGAGAUAUCACAUCUGUGGCCAUGCCUCGGCACUCUAAGCUGCUCUACACAAACACAAGCCAUGCUGCAAAUAUUCCAGGAUACACUGGCAAGGUUCAUUUCACAGCCACCCACCCAACAAAUUGUAAUGUUCCACCAAAAGAUUCAGAGAUGGACCGCAUCUUACUACAAGAAAUGAAAGUUGACCACUUCCGUCACCAGGCCCCAAUGUCUCGAAUGGUCACAACUGUGAAGCCCUACAACCCCUUCAACAAGAAGGAAAUAGAAGCCUUUGACUACUGUGGGGGCAGGGCUGGCUUCCUCCUGCCAGCCCCAGCUGUUGCAGGCUACUCUGUGUGGGUUUCCAGGACAAGCUCUGCUGAUUCUAGUUGUGUUGGGAGACCGUUUUCAUUGUGUCUUCUGCGGGCAGAGCCACAGAUAAAAGAUAAAGCCAGACUCAGUGAGCACCCUGUGGGGACAAGCAGGAAGAGGCAUGUGAGCGGAGAAGGGAAGGGAAGGGCCCCACGCACUAGGUGCCAUGGGGUUGUAGGGUGUGCCGCAGUGGAGUUCAUGCAAGUCAACUUUGCAGAAUGCCAGAUCAAGGCUGCAGACUCUGGUGGAACUGAUAGCCCUCGGUGGUUCCUUCCCCAUAUGAGGACAAGCGUAACCAAAGGAUUCCCUGGGAUGCUCAUUGAAACACUGUUUUCAGUGUCGGUGCCCUCAGAGCCCUUCAAUGAGAUGUUUCUAAGACGAGUGUGA